AUGGACGCAUAUAAUGAGUUUAUCGAUCCUUCGAGAAUCAACAGUUGUAUUGGGUGUAAUUUUAUACUGUCAAAUCAGAAGAACUUAGUUAUUGGUAAAGGUUCAUUACUUCAAAUAUUUGAUGUCAUUUUUCUUAAACAAUCAACUAUUAACAAACCUCAAUUUCGGUUGGUUUUAGUGCAACAGUUUAAACUAGAGGGUAGUAUUAGUGAUUUGAAAAGUAUAAGGACUUCAGAGACACCUAAUCUCGAUUAUCUCAUUGUAUCAACCAAAUAUGCCAAAUUCUCCAUCAUAAAAUGGAACCAUCUGUUACAUACCAUUACAACCGUUUCCUUACAUUUUUAUGAAAACUGUCUCCAGAAUUCCACAUUUGAGAAACUAGCCGUUUCUGAACUAUUGGUUGAACCAACAUAUAGCUCGGUGGCCUGUCUUCGGUAUAAGAAUUUAUUGUGUUUCUUGCCAAUGGAAGGAAUCGAGGAUGAUGAAGAUGACGAAGAUGAGGAGGAGGAGGAGGAGGAGGAGCAAGAGGAGGAACAAGAGAAGGAGGAGGAUAAAAUUAAAGGCGAGGCUGUAAACCGCAAACAGUCAAUAACAAAUGGGAUCUCAUUGGAGUCGCGACAAUUUUAUGAUUCUAGUUUUCUUAUAGAUGCAGGGAUGUUAGAUCCAUCAAUAGAGACUGUUGUAGAUAUGCAAUUUUUGCACAAUUAUCGAGAACCAACAGUUGCAAUAUUGUCGCUGAAAUCACAUGUGUGGGCAGGAAAUUUGGUAAAGAGCAAGGAUAAUAUCCAGUUUCAAGUUAUGGCUCUAGACUUGCAGCUGAAAAUGUCCUCGUCGGUGUUUAAGCUUGAGAACUUGCCUUAUGACGUGGAUAGAAUAAUCCCGUUAUUGUCGCCAUUGAAUGGAUGUUUGUUGCUUGGCUGUAACGAAAUUAUGCAUGUGGAUAAUGGUGGUAUAAUUAAACGUAUUUCUGUGAAUAAAUUCACUGCUUUAACUACCGUUUCCGUAAAGAGUUACCAAGAUCAAAGCGACUUAAAUCUAAAAUUAGAAGCCUGUAGCGUUGUGCCAAUUCCAGACGAUAACCGUGUUUUGAUAAUAUCACAAAAGGGAGACUUUUACUUUGUCAAUUUUGAAUUGGACGGAAAAGCAAUAAAGAAGUUAUUUAUCGAAGUUGUUGAUAAGCAAAUGUACAACAAUAUAAAACUUACUUUUCCUGGCGAAGUGGCCGUCUUGGACAAAAACAUGCUCUUUUUUUCAAAUUUUAAUGGCGACAGUCCCUUGGUACAAGUAAGGUAUAGAAAUUCCCUGAAAGUGAUUGAGCAAGAGGAAGACGCACAGAAGGAAGAGGAUGAGAAAAUCGAAGAGGAUGAAUCCGAUGAGGAUGAUUUGUAUAAGGAAGAAGAAGAGGAAGAACAACAAAAAGUAUUGAGCAAGUCUCAUAUCGAGUUUAUUCUCCAGGAUAAACUUGUAAAUAAUAGUCCCAUUUCGACAUUCACUCUUGGAUUGUGCUCGCGGGAGCAGUUUAAAUCGAAUUUACCAAACCCUAACUAUAACGAAGUUUCAAUCAUUUGCAAUUCCGGUACUCACGACCAAACCAAAAUCAACAUUAUUACGCCAACAAUACAACCCAUAAUAUCGUCAUCAUUGACUUUUUCUCAAGUUAAUCGUAUGUGGAAUUUGAACCAAAAGUAUCUAAUUACCUCUGAUGAUGUAAAUGAAAAGUCUGAAAUCUUCCAGAUUGAGAAAUCAUACGUUAGAAUGAAGUCGAAAGAUUUCAUUAAUAACGAGAUCACCAUCAACGUUCACGAGUUGAAUAAUGGGAAAUACAUUUUACAAAUAACCCCAAAGCAAAUAAUUUUGUAUGAUAUGAAGUUCAGAAAAAGGUUGUCUUUGAACGAUGAAAUCAAAGGUGACGAAGUAUUGAGUAGUACACUUCGUGACGAGUUAUUGAUGAUCUUUUUAGCAAGUGGUGACGUGAGGAUUUUUUCCUUGAACACGUAUAAUGAGUCGUACAAGAACGUGGGAAUUCCAAAGAUAUUGGAAGAUACAAUUAUUACUUCUGGAUAUAUUACCAGCUCACAUCUAUUGAAUGCGGUUCUGAGAAAUGUGGAUUUAUUGAUUAAUCUGAGAAAAAGAAAGCAUCAUCAUUAUCAUCAUUCAAUUAGCCCCGCAAUAGCAGUUGAUGCACAACCCCCCAAAUCUUCAAAGCAAAAAAUAAUUGUGCUAGUGACUGGUGAUAAUAGGAUUGUUGCGUUCAACCGUCACCACAAUGAAAAAUGUUAUCAACUAAAUGACGUGAGUAAAUUCAGUGAUGUGUUGAGUUUGGGCUUUUUUGAGCUUGAGCAGUCGCCACCAGACCCUUUCAUAAAACAAGUUAUUCUCAAUGAUCUAGGAGACAAGGAUCACAAAGAAGAGUAUUUGACAAUCUUGACCAUUGGAGGAGAAGUGUUUAUGUAUAAAUUAUUUUACGAUGGAGAAAACUAUGCGUUCAGUAAGGAGAAAGAUUUGAAAAUCACCGGGGCUCCAGAAAAUGCAUUUUCACUAGGAACUUCAAUCGAGAGAAGAUUGGUUUAUUUUCCAAACUUGAAUGGGUACACUUGUGUUUUUGUUACUGGUGUUAUACCGUUUUUAAUAAUGAAAUGUUCUCAUUCGAUACCGCGGAUUUUCCAAUUUUCUAAAUUGCCAGCGGUAUCUAUCUCGGCAUUUUCCGAUUCAAGAAUCAAGAAUGGGCUAAUAUUUCUCGAUAAUGAUAAAAACGCCCGUAUUUGUGAAUUGUCGUUAGACUAUGUAUAUGAAUUCAACUUGCCCAUCAAACGUGUUCACUUUGGAGAGCUGAUCAAGUCGUUGGCGUACCAUGAACAAUCUGACACGGUAGUUGCAUCCACUUUCAAGGAAAUUCCCUAUGAUGGUCUUGAUGAGGAAGGGUCUAAAAUUGCCGGAAUACAUAACGACAAAGAACCUGCAUUAUCUUUUAAAGGUUCGAUCAAAUUGGUAUCACCAUAUAACUGGAAAGUCAUUGAUUCUUUUGAUUUGGAGGAUAAUGAAGUUGGGAUGACUGUAAAAUCAAUGAUUCUUGACGUGGGAUCAUCUCUCAAAAAGUUCAAAUCGAAACGGGAGUACAUAGUAGUUGGAACAGGUAAACUAAGAAUGGAGGAUUUGGCAGCAAACGGUUCGUUUAAAAUAUAUGAAGUCAUCAAUAUUAUUCCUGAACCAGAUAAGCCGGAAACAAAUCACAAGUUUAAGGAGGUUUUCCAAGAAGACACCAGGGGUGCGGUAACUAGCGUUUGUGAUUUAAGUGGACGACUAAUGGUUGCUCAGGGACAGAAAGUUAUUGUUCGAGAUUUAGAAGAUGAUGGAGUUGUCCCAGUUGCAUUUUUGGAUACAUCAGUUUAUAUUUCCGAGUCCAAGAGCUUUGGAAACCUUUUGAUUUUGGGUGAUCCCUUGAAAAGUAUUUGGCUAGUUGGGUUUGAAGCGGAACCUUUCCGAAUGGUGAUGUUGGGUAAGGAUACCCAACAUUUGAAUGUUGAAUGUGCUGACUUUAUUGUCAAGGAUGAAGAGAUAUAUAUACUCGUUGCUGACAGCAACAAUUGUCUACAUCUACUCCAUUAUGAUCCCGAUGACCCAAAGUCUAUUAACGGAACAAUCUUGCUAAACAAGGCAUCUUUUGAAACUAAUUCAACGACAUCUUGUCUAAGAUCAUUGCCUAAGGGAGAAUUAGGAAAUUAUCAAACAAUAGGAGCAACCGUUGAUGGUAUUUUUUAUAACAUAUUCCCGGUCAAUGAAUCCACUUACAGAAGAUUAUACAUUGUGCAACAACAGAUAUCUGAUAAAGAAUAUCACUAUUGUGGACUCAAUCCGCGUUUGAACAGGUACGGUGGUGCUUUGAAUAUCCGAGAUAGUGAAACUAAUGCAAAGCCAAUAGUAGACUACAACUUGGUUAAGAAGUUCACAAAGCUAAAUCUUGAUAAACAACGAACAAUCGCAAGCAAAGUCAGCGUGAAAGGUGCAACGCAGGAUCUUUGGAAGGAUAUCAUAGAAUGCGAUUACUCUUUAGAGGAUUUGUAA